CUGCGCGUGGCCGCGUUAGCUGCACAAGCGCAGUGGAGCUCGGGCGGAGUUGUGGGAGUGGAGGAGGAAGAGGCGGUGGGGGGUACGGGGGCUGGUCCCAGAAGAUGGCGGAGGCGGGGGAUUUCUGGUAGGUCCUACUUUAGGACAAGAUGUGGUGGUACUGUUGAAACGUCAGUCUUUGAUUCACAGACAGUUGAGCUUUUCAGCUGGGAAGCCUUUCUUUUUUUCCUUUUUUUUUUUUUUAACGGCUUACUGAACCUAUGAAACCAUGGCGGAAGGAGAGACAGAGUCACCUGGUCCCAAAAAGUGUGGCCCGUAUAUCUCAUCUGUCACUAGCCAGAGUGUAAACUUGAUGAUUCGAGGAGUAGUGCUAUUUUUUAUUGGAGUAUUUCUUGCAUUAGUGUUAAAUUUACUUCAGAUUCAGAGAAAUGUGACGCUCUUUCCACCUGAUGUGAUUGCAAGCAUCUUUUCUUCUGCAUGGUGGGUACCACCCUGCUGUGGCACAGCUUCAGCUGUGAUUGGGUUAUUAUACCCCUGCAUUGACAGACAUCUAGGAGAACCACAUAAAUUUAAAAGAGAGUGGUCCAGUGUAAUGCGGUGUGUAGCAGUCUUUGUUGGUAUAAAUCAUGCCAGUGCUAAAGUGGAUUUUGAUAACAACAUACAGCUGUCUCUCACACUGGCUGCACUAUCCAUUGGACUGUGGUGGACUUUUGAUAGAUCUAGAAGUGGUUUUGGCCUUGGAGUAGGAAUCGCUUUCUUGGCAACCGUGGUCACUCAAUUGCUAGUAUAUAAUGGUGUUUAUCAAUAUACAUCUCCAGAUUUCCUCUAUGUUCGUUCUUGGUUACCAUGUAUAUUUUUUGCUGGAGGCAUAACAAUGGGAAACAUUGGUCGACAACUGGCAAUGUAUGAGUGUAAAGUUAUCGCAGAAAAAUCUCAUCAGGAAUGAAGAAGGCAAAAAAAUAUCUUUUGUACAGAAAAACAAGAUGACAAGGAUGUGAAAUGGUAGAUAUACCAACAAAACUUCAGACUGUAAAAUUGCCAGGAUGCAGUUUUUCCCUUGAUGGAUGUGUGUGUAUGUAUGGGUAAAUAUACGUGUAUACACACACAUAUUACUGCAAUCUGUGAUUGCUUCAUCUGUAAAUCAGUUACAAACCUUUAUGUAUUUGACUUAAAUAACUGUAAGAUAUAUAUGUACUACAUUAAAAAGUGUUGAUUAAUAGGUGAAAUUUUUAAAUUAAUUUUUUAAACAUGCCAUACAUUGUAUCACAAUGUUAACGUGCCAAAAUACUGUUCCUGUCAUGCAGAGUUUAAGAAUGCUUUGAAAAUUUGUAAACUUAGUGAAAUAAAAUAAGAGGAAAGCCAAAAACAAACAAAAAGCAUAUGGGAAGCUGGUAUUUUCUCUUUAGCUUACUGUUGUGCCUUUAUAUUAUUCUAAUCACAGCAGUAUGAGGUAUGAGUGCCCUAAUAUGUGGUUAGUUUCUAUUUUAAUGUUUCAUAGAGUUUGGAGAGCUUUGAUACAGGGUGAAAAUGAACUUCUGGUUUCAAACCUGCAUUACUGGAAACAGCCCAAAGAGUAAUUUUCUGUUUUGAUGGAUUUUACUGGAAGUACGUGUGAUGAGCAGAAGAGAUUAUCAGCAUUAAAUUGUUUUGGUUCUAUAUUUGGAGCACUAUAUAAUUAAAAAGUAAGCACCAUUAGAGUAUUUAAUUAGAAUAAAUAUAUGUUUUGGAAAUACAGUGACCUCUUGCAGUGCCACAAAAGUGCAAAGUGAUAUUAGCUGUCAUUUGCAAUACAGAAUCUCAUUGCUUUUGCACAUGAAGCAUGUAGGAAACUCCAAACAGAUCAAAAUGAAGUUUCUAAUUCUGUUGGGUUCUGUCAUCUAUUGGGUUCUAUGAAGCAAACCACUUUAGCUUUCACUGGGUUCAGUCAUAUGACUCAUUGUUAGUGGAAUGCCUAGUUUUUCAUCUUAUAUGCAGACUGGGAAGUGGAUGGGGUACACAAUUUCUUAUUCAUAUGUCCAUUAGUGAACAGUUCAAGUCUGUUUAAGAAUGUAUUGAGAUGGCAUCCUCUGCAUAUUAAAGAUCUUUAUGGCACCUAGCAACACUUAAAUAUGGUUUAAACAUAUUCUUAGCUAAUUUUUUCCAUCAGUUUUUGAAAUUGAUGGCAGUUGUCUGAUCCACAAGGGCAAGAUCUUUUGAGUACUCUGGGAUUUGUGUAUGUGUGCACACUUGUGCGUGUCAGAGUGAGUGUGUGAGAGAAUGUGUCUGUGCAUGUGCCCAUGCCUUCCUAGACUGUUGAAUAGAUAUUUUUACAUUUUUAGUUUUAAAACAAUUACUGUCAGACUGAGAUCUUGUAUGCCAAACUUUAAUCUGCUUUUAUGUUUUCAGGCUGAAGGUGUGAAAAAUCCUAAGAGGAUUUUAUUUUGAAUAUGUGCAUACAAUCUUAACUAUUGUGGAGGAAAACAUACUACUAUAAUUUAUUAUUAUAUCUUCCAGAUAAUGUUAUUCAUUUAGAACAAAUAAGGUAUAUUUUUAGAAUCAACUUUGUAAGUACUAUAAAAUCCUUAAUAAGUUAUAAGGUCUAUGACGUGUUUAAAAAUUGCUGUUAAAAGCAACAUGUAUUAAAUAUGUAAUUAUCAUCUGGG